AUGCUCCAUCUCAUUGGACACCCUCGCCGGCUGACUUUAACGUACAUCAACGCUGUCGCUUCGAGUUGUAUGUAUGAAGGCAGUCUUUGCCCUACUGACGCAGCGCGCGCGGCUGCUUCCGGCGAUGGCGGCAACGAGCACCAGCCAGCUGUGCAAUGUGACGAGUCUAAGCUGGCUGGAAGCACACUUUGGCCAGCCGCGUCGCGUCACAUAUCACUGAGAGUUCUUGACGGACUGUCAAACUACGGAUUGAAGUGGACGACGACGAGUGUAGUCCAGCACUGGCCAGGCCAGAUCCACGCCACUCACUUCAUGUCCCGUCCUCCCGCGCUCUCCCGUCAGGCCCUGGCACCUCUAGUUCAUCCCGUCCCCGGAGGCGGCGUGUAA